CUCUUUUCUUUUUCCGAAGGGAUACUAAAACCCUACUCUCUUCCCCAUUUUCCCCAGCUUCAGCACUAGACAACAUGGCUUCCAUCUUCAAGAACCCAAGACUGGCAAUCCCCAAAUCAUUCUUCUCCACUCAAACUCAAAAGCUAAACCCUCCGUUUCCUUCUUUCAAAGCCGCGAAAUCUGCCAUCAUAUCGGAAAAAAACCCUGAAAAGCUAGCGGAAAUCUUCCAACAGUCUUCGCAUUUGCCCACUUUCCUCCGCCACCGCCCCAUCUACCACCUCUCCAUCCGCAAGCUAGCUCGUGCCAACCGCCUCGACCUCGUGGACCGCGUUCUCCAAGCCCAAAAGCUCCAUUCUCAAAAUGCCCCUGCCCUCAAGUCUGAAGGGUUUUGGAUCCGUCUCAUUAUGCUUUACUCAAAUGCAGGGAUGGUCCCGCAAGCGCUACAAACCCUCGAAGAUUUGUGUCAAAACAGGUAUUCUAAUGUAUCAGAAAAAUCCCUUUGUGCUAUCCUUACUGUUUAUCUAAACAAUGGGAUGUUUGAGCAAAUUUACGAUUGCUUUAAGACAAUUCCUGAAAAGCUUGGCGUUAAGCCCGGUGUUGUAUCGCAUAACUUGAUUGUUAAAGCGUUUGUGAAAGAGAAUAAGCUUGAAUCCGCACUCGAAUGGGUUGAGAAAAUGGAUGUGAGUCCUAACAUUGAUACUUAUAAUAUAUUGUUAGGUGGUUAUUUGAAGAAUGGGGAUGAGAAUGGAUUUGAUGGGGCUAUGAAAGAAGUUUCUAGGAAAGGUUUAGAGGGCAAUUUGACUACUUAUAAUCAUAGGAUUUCGAGGUUGUGUAAGAGUAAGGAAUGUGCUAGGGCUAAGAAGUUGUUGGAUGAGAUGGUUUCGAAAGGGAAGAAGCCGAAUUCUGCUAGUUACAAUACUAUUAUUGAUGGAUUUUGUAGGAUAGGGGAUUUGGAAUCGGCUAGGCAGGUUUUGGACAAGAUGCUGAGUGAUGGGUAUGUUUUGCCGUGUUCAUUUACUUAUUAUACUUUGCUUAGGAGCAUGGUGAAGGAAGGAGAGUUUGAUUUGGCUUUGGAAAUGAGUAUGGAAACUAUAAAGAGGAAGUGGGUUCCUCCAUUUGAGGCAAUGGAAGGUCUGGUUAAAGGGUUGGUGGAAAGGUCAAGAUCAGAGGAGGCUAAGCAAGUUGUUGAAAAGAUGAAAAAGAGGCUUAAAGGGGAUGCCCUAGAGUCAUGGGGCAAAAUUGAAGCUACUCUUCCUUUAUAGAAGCCAUGGAAGGUCUGGUUAAAAGUGUUGGUGGUGGAAAUGUCAAGGUCAGAAGGGGUAAAACAAGUUAAGAAAUUGAUAAGAGGCUAAGAGGGAAUGUGCACAGAGCUGUUCUUCCUCCAUUGGACUGUGGAGAUCAAUUCAGUCCUCACAAGAUAUGAUCAUUUUUGGAUCAGUGUUCUGAUUGUAGCCGUUUACUUUGCUUAGCCAGUGAUGAGGUUGCAAUUUUGAGCGACUAUGGAUGAUUGCUAAGAAAUAGUAACCAUUGGAAAUUUUGGCUUGGACUUGCUCCUUCUAGCUUUUUCGUUUUUGCUUCUUUUGUGUAUUUGAAUUUUGAAAGGCUGAGAAAGGUAUUCUCUUUUUGGGUACAUAAAAUGUUCACCUCUGCUUCUUAAAAGGGAAAAGAGUCCGGCUCUGCAUUGCACCUAAUAAUAACUUUCCAUUGUAAAUCAUUAGAUUCAUCUGUGAUUUCUUUUGCAAAUCAAAUUUCACGGUUGGAACAUCAUAUGAAAUUGUAGUAUUCAUUGAAUUUUAAGUUGUUGAGGAAGGGUGCUUUAGCUAACAGCAUCCGUGGGUGUGUGCGUGUGUGUAAUAACUUUUCGCAAUGAUUAAAUAAUCUGAAACUGGAUUCAGGAAACGGGCAAAGAAAAUUGGCCAUUAUGCCCUAAAUAGAUUGUUACAUGCAACCAACUGACCAUCAAAUUUAACUUUCCCCUGAAUCUUAGAGACGUUUGUUAGUAAAAAUUUGGAAAUACAAUCAACAGAAAAAAAAAAAA